CGCAGAAGACGUCAUCAAACAGUUCUCGUGCCACAUUCCCCAAACGGCGCGAGGGCAGUGAGAGACCGUUUUCGGUUUAAUUUCUCCACAGUUCUCGUUUUGUUCUCUGCUGUUGCAUAGGACCAUAAAGCUGCUUUUGUUCGUUGGCUUCCUCCAGUCGUCUGCAGAAAGUUUGUUACUGUGAAGAGUUCCCUGGACUGCAGCUAAGGAAAGCAGCCUGGUCAGCUGGUCAAGCCUGUUGAUUUCUUCUGGCACUUGUGCUGUCUUGUGAAACAAAACCAUGGGGAAGCAGAACAGCAAGCUCCGCCCUGAGGUGAUGCAGGACCUGCUGGAAAGCACAGACUUUACGGAGCAUGAAAUCCAGGAAUGGUACAAGGGCUUUCUACGGGACUGUCCCAGUGGCAACCUCUCCAUGGAGGAGUUUAAGAAAAUCUACGGAAACUUCUUUCCUUAUGGAGAUGCCUCGAAGUUUGCAGAGCAUGUAUUCCGUACUUUUGAUGCAAAUGGUGAUGGCACAAUAGACUUUCGGGAGUUCAUAAUUGCACUGAGCGUCACUUCACGAGGGAAGCUGGAACAGAAGCUCAAGUGGGCGUUUAGCAUGUAUGAUUUGGAUGGAAACGGAUACAUCAGCAAGGCAGAAAUGCUGGAGAUUGUGCAGGCGAUUUACAAGAUGGUAUCAUCAGUGAUGAAGAUGCCAGAGGAUGAGUCCACACCUGAGAAGAGAACAGAAAAGAUCUUCAGACAAAUGGACACCAACCGUGACGGAAAACUGUCUCUGGAGGAGUUCAUCAAAGGGGCAAAGAGCGACCCGUCCAUUGUGCGUCUGCUACAGUGUGACCCCAGCAGUGCAGGACAGUUCUGAGAUCAGCGUCUCAUGCUUCAACCUUUUAUUUAUUUAUGGGUUUUAAUUUAGUUUUUGAUAUAGUCGCUCCUUCCACUCGCAGGGAAAUGAUGGAGGGUGAGGUUUUUUUCCAGAGUAGGGCAUCUGGGUCUCAUCAGACUGAGCUUGGCCAGAUAUAGAAACACACACACACGCGCACACAGAGUUAUUGGCUGCGUUAUCUCUGUAGGGAGCCGCAUUGGGCCUGGACGAGGCCUGUGAUGGAGUGAAUUAGGGUAACUAGAGCAUUUAUCUGAGCUCGAAUCACUUCCUGAUUAGAAAAGAGGUUUCAUGUCACGAAGUACGAAGUCAGUUUUAUUCUUAUUUUCUCUGGGUAUUAGAUGAGGAAGUUUAAGCUUGACUAAGACAGGAAUAUAAGAUGCACUCAGUAAAGCAACGGUUUAUUCUUAAUUUCUUUUUUUUUAUUAUUAUUAUCUGAUGCCUGUAUCAAUAGUGUGUAAACACAUCUGCCUUAGUGAUUUACAUAUUUGGGUUAUUUCUAACUUUAUUUAGAUUAUGUAGUUUCUCUCAAUUCAUAGUUUGGCCAGCAUUAUUAUUGGCAGAUCACAGUAUUAUUAUCCAAUGGGACCAAUAAAUCAGGCGUGCAGAUUUUCCAGUUUUAUGAAACCCCACGUUGUGCUUACAAUCUAAAGAGCCUUAUUAUUAGUGCUGGAAGCGCACAUCCAAUUUUGUGUGGUUUAGUUUGGUUUUAGUCGGACAGUCUAGGUUCAAAAGACAUGAAAUGAACUGCGUUCUCUUUUACCAGUUUUCUAAUGUUUGUACUCCAGUAACUGUAGGCUUGUAUAUAAAUCUGAAAUAUCAGACACGCAUGCAAAACUGUACUUAGAGUUCCAUCCUAGGAUGCAGCGAUCGGUUUUAUUGACAUUUUUAGCAGAAGCAUGUAACCACGUUUAUCUGCAUUUGUGGACAGGAGAGUAUUUGUGUAAUGUGUAUGCAUGUGUUGUGUGUAUGUGUUUGGUUAAUAUCAGUUACAGCCCUGUUUGCUCAUCCUGGUUCUAGAUGUUGUGAUGCAUCGUUUGCAUUAUUGCUGAACGUUUUUGUUAUUGAAGAAGAACUAAAGCUUUAUUGAUUCAAAGCUAAUAUGAUUUUAGAAUCAUGUUUAUCUGCUGUACAGACAGUCUUUUACUCUGGAUUGUACACAAGCAUCAUCAAGUUUCUGAAUUGCCUAGGGGUGCUCCGAUUGAUCGGCUUCCGAUCACAGUCGCUUUGGGAUGACUGAUCGGAGGUCUCUAAAAAGGCCGAUCUCAUAAAUCCGAUCUCAAGCUGAUGACGCGCCUGCCAUGAGAGGUUUGGCAUGACAUGCAGCGGCACCGUCUCAGUCUCUGUCCGGCGCGGGUGAAAUAAAAUUAAUGCUUUAUAGGUUUCAUAUUCUUCAUUAAAUAACUGAUAAAGUCAUUUGAAAAGGUUUCUGUGAGACAUAAUUUCACAAACAGCGUGAAUGAAUCGCCGCGCGUUCUCUUUCUCUCUCACAAUGCAAAUGGCUUCAAAUCACUUCGUGUCUGCACUAUAAGCAUGCUGCACAGUCGACACAGGAAUUGUCACUUGCACUAUCGAGGCAGUGUCACAGCAUCACUAAAGUUUAUAAAUUGCAUUUUUUCUUUUUAAUUUUUGCCAGUGUUUAAAACCAUGCUCAUGCGCUUUUCUGGAGACCGUGCACUCAUGCACACUUGCAGCGCACACAUAAUAAUCCCAGGUUCACAUUACUCCGUUUGCAGUGCAUAUGUGGAGUGUAUUUUUUCCGCGCUCAUGUUAAUGGAUUAAAGCAUUCACACUGCACACACGGUUGCAGUCUUGCAUUGUGUUUAGGAGCGGUGCGUCUGCAGCAAGGCAGAGAUCAUUUCCAUACCGAGUCUAUUUUUGAAGCGCUGAAUUAAAGUAACAGCGCAUUGUUUGCAGUAAAUAUGAACAUGCAUUGGCACAAAAAUGUAGUAAUUACACCAUAAAUGCAUAUAAUUAAAGUGUACGGUGUUUCACAACCAACACAUAGGCUAUAGUUUUUUGGCAAGGUUUAAAGGAAAAGGGCACUUUUAGAAAAGGCAAUAAUUUUACAGUUCUUUAUGAACUGCAGGAUUGCUUGUAAUAAAUAUUUAAAUAGAAAAGACAGUAGAGCUGACUGUUUCUGUCGAUGGUAAGUUUUCAUUUAGAACGUUUGUGAUAACGUAAGGAAAAGUAGUUUAAAUGUUUUGCUUUAGCAACUUAAUAUAAAAUCUGAAAGUAAAUGCAAAAGUAAAAAGCAUUGAAUAAUUGAUGACCGUUUGUAUUAAUGUACUGUGUAAAAAAAAAAAAAAAAAAAAUCACAAUGUUGAAAAAGCAUUUUAAGUAACUGUUUGGAUUUAAAAUCAAAAUAAUGGAUAAAUGUUGUAUUUGUGGUAAACAGCCACGGAUCAGGAGCAGACUCCUGUGUGAAAGCACAGUCCGUGCUGCUUCUGUACCACAGCUGGACUACAUACACGCUGCAAACAGAGUAUGUGUGAACCUAACCUCACAUACAGCUCACAAAAUCAGGCUUGCGCUGUGCAAGCUUUUGUGCAACAAUUACACGAUUGUAAAAACAAACAUACAGUUCAUGAUCAAACAUUUAGAUGACAAAUAUAUAUUAUUGAAAAAAUGGCCCCCUCCAGCCCUCAAAAAAAAAAAUCCUCUGACGAGUCACCAAAGAGAGGUAUUAAUUUUCACAAAUGAAAUUCAGGCCCUGGAUAAAUGUCUAAAAAUCUUGAUUGGAUCAUCACUAUAAAUAAAUCUACAUGAUAAAAAGAUGGGUAUCGGUGAUCAGAUCGGCAGAUACUGCUUUCUGUGAUCGGCCUCAAACAUCCUGAUCGGAGCACCCCUAGAAUUGCCUUAUACACACUCCAGUGUUUCUGUGGGUGAGUGAUUUGUAUAUGGUUUUUUGUUUGUUUGGUUUUUUAAUCAAGCUUAAAUUGCAGUAAAUUUGCUUCUGUCAUCCAUCUGUUGAAGAGUUGUCCUCCAUGUUCUUCCCAUUCACCCCUUUAACAGAUUAUGUAAUUAUGUUGACGGCCUUUCACUUAGUAUAUUAAUCUGUCAUACUGAGUUACACGCUCAUUUCAAACUAACAUCAAGAGUGUAAGAGGAAAUAGGACCCAUCGCUUUUCAAAUGCCCCUUGCAUUCAUGCUGAAUUCAUACCUGUAUCCAUUUCACUUGUGGAACGAAUUGAAUUGAACAAUAGGUAGAGAGCAUUUAUUCACAACUCCUCUAAUAGUUCCCGAAUCACCCUCUGCCAACUGCUUCUACUGAUGUUCAGUGUUCUUGAAUGUCCUUGUCAACAUCAAAUGCCUCACCACAGUGCAUUCGGUUCUGCUAUACUGUUAAUGAAUGUUUUUAUUUUACUUGUUGAACAACUGCUGUUUUUGUAAAAAUAUAGAAAAAAGAAAAGUGAAAGUGGCAGAUAAAAACUGAUCUGUAAUUUCAUGUAUUAUGCAUAUUUUAUGUAGUUUUUGUUUUCUUAAACAUCUGACGUAACAUUUCUGUAUCACAGUUAUAUCGUGGUCAGGUGCCAAAAAUAUGAAAGCAGUAUUGUAUAAAUUUAUACUGUACAAUUGUUAUUUGUCAAACAAAUUGUUUGUAAUUGUUGCAUUUUGUAGAUUUUGUAUGGUAAUCUGUAUUUUGUGACUGUAGACUUGAGACAUAGAGAUUUGUUUUGGUUAUCAUAUUGAGCAGAAAUUAAAUCUUGAGAGAACAAA